AUCAGCUGUGUCCAGUCACAGCUGAUCACAUGGGACAUGUACACUGAUUAUCAGGGCACUGAUGAUCAGUGUGGCCCCAGAAGUGCCACCUGUCAGUACCCAUCAGUGCCACGUGCCAGUGCCCAUCAGUGCUACAUGCCAGUGCCCAUCAGUGCCACAUCAAUGCCACAUAUCAGUGCAUACCAGUGCACAUCAAUGCCACAUAUCAGUGCCCAUCUGAGCUGCCUUUCAAUGUCACCCAUCAGUGCCACCUAUCAAUGCCUAUCAGUGCUGCCAAUCAGUGCCAGUCAGUGCUGCCUAACAGUGCCAUAUACCAGUGCUGCCUUUCAGUGCCCAUCAGUGAUGCCUGUCAAUGCCGCCUGUCAAUGCCCAUCAGUGCAACCUACCAGUGCCUCCUCAUCAGUGCCACCUAUCAGUGUCCAUCAGUGCAGCCUAUCAGUGCCCAUCACUGCAGCCUCAUUAGCGCAUAUCAGUGAAGGAGAAAAAAUCACUUAUUUACAAAAUUGUAUAACAAAAACUAAGAAAAAAACGGGGUUUUUUUUUUUCAAAAUUUUCAGUGGUUUUUGGUUUGUUUAAGAAAAAAUAA